AUGACGCAAGACGAGACUGAGGAGGAGGAGGAGCAGGUCAGGAGUCAGACUACUCAGACCGCAAGGGCCGUGCUAAAGAUUUUGGCUUUUCUUCCAGGAAAAGAGAUUCAGUUGAUCACAGGAGAAAUCAACGACUCAGCCGACCACACGAUGUUUUCGUUUCACAGUGGACGUAUCCAGAUUUCUUGUAAAUACCCCGAGACCGUCCAACAGCUCAAAAUGAAGUUAUUGAAAGGGAGAGAAGUCCUCUGUGAGCUCACCAAAACCAAGGGAAAGGGAGACGGGGUGUCCAUCAAGAAUCCGAAAUUGUGCCCAUAUGAGCUUUCCAACAGCAGUGUUUCCUUUUUCCUAAACAACCUGUAUGGUUCUCAGGGCAGCUAUUACUACUGUAGCCUGUCAAUUUUUGAGCCACCUCCUUUUCAAGAAAAGAUCUUUGGUGGAGAAUAUUUGUAUAUUUACGAAUCACAGCUCUGCAGCCAGCUGAAGCUUUGGUUGCCCGUAGGGUGUGCAGCUUUUAUUGUGGUAUACAUUUUUGGAUGCAUAUUUAUCUUCCGGUUUGCAAAAAAGAAGUACGGAUCCAGCGUGCAUGACCCCAAUAGUGAAUACAUGUUCAUGGCAGCAGUCAACACAGCCAAAAAGGCUAGACUUGCAGGUAUAGAUUCCCUUUGGGGUUUGGGGAGGGAGGAGCACUCUUCAUUAUUAAGACUUGGAAUUAUUUAUUUAUUUAUUUUUAUUUUCAAAGAAAGGAAAUUUUCCCUAAGGAUAAUUUUAGUAUUUUAUGUGAAAAAUCUGGAUUUUUCACUUUAA